UUUAACCUGCCGGCGAGUCUAUAACACGAAACCGUCCAUUGGGGUUCUCCUCCGCAAGCCGACUGCCGUGCUACGACACUCUAGGAAUCCGUACCUACAUCUAUUUCCCUAUAUUUCCGGUGCGCGGGAGGGGCCAAUUGGCGCAAGUCGUGGUACGUGCGCACGCGAACCGGCGGGGCAGGGCACAAUGGGGGACGCUGCCCAGGAUCUCGACGCGAAGGGCGGCGCGCUCGACACCGCGAAGGACUUAUUCGCUGGAGCAGCCGGAGGGAUCGCGCAGGUGCUGAUAGGCCAGCCAUUCGACAUCGUCAAAGUCCGCCUGCAGACAAGCGCCGCGUAUAGCUCCGCCCUCGAUGCCGCCGCUUCCAUCUACGCCAAGGAGGGGCCCCUCGCUUUCUACAAGGGUACACUGACGCCCCUACUCGGUAUCGGCGCCUGCGUAUCCAUCCAGUUCGGCGCCUUCGGCUACGCUCGCCGGUACUUCGAGGCUGCCAACACUCGGUCGCCUAGUGGGAGCAAGGAGCUCGGCUACGGCCAGUACUUCGCGGCCGGGUCCUUCGCCGGCGUCGCCAACUCCGUCAUCUCGGGCCCCAUCGAGCACGUCCGCAUCCGCCUGCAGACCCAGCCCCACGGCGCUGCCCGCCUCUACGCCGGACCCUUCGACUGCAUCCGGCAGCUGUCGGCGCGCGCCGGCGUCCUGGGCGGUCUCUACCGCGGCGAGGUCGUCACCAUCUGGCGCGAGGCCGCCGCCUACGGCACCUGGUUCCUCACCUUCGAGUACCUCAUGAACGCCGACGUCGCCCGCAACCGCCUCGCCUCCCGCGCCGACGUCCCCUCCUGGAAGGUCGCCCUCUACGGUGGCCUCGCCGGCGAGGCCCUCUGGCUCGCCAGCUACCCCCUCGACGUCGUAAAGAGCAAGAUGCAGACCGACGGCUUCGGAAAAGACAUGCGCUACCGCUCUAUGCGCGACUGCUUCGCCCAGACCUGGCGCGCCGAGGGCGCCCGCGGCUUCUGGAAGGGCAUCGGCCCCACUCUGCUGCGCGCUAUGCCCGUCAGCGCCGGCACCUUCGCCGUCGUCGAGGCCACGAUGCGCGCUAUCAGCUAAAGGCCCCCUGUUUGCAAGAAACCUGAGAGUGGGGAUGCUGGGAAUCAGAGGCGUUCGGCACGAGAGGAGAGGGCCGUGCACCCUCGGAGGGGUGUCCAAGGGAU